AUAGAAUAUUAUAUUCAACAUGAUCACUGAUGAGGAGGAGAUUGAAAGAGAUAUGUCUACAGGAAGAGGACGAGGUCGACGUUCUUCAUCUAGAAGAAUAAAUGACGGAGCAAGGACAAGACAGAGAGUGAGAACUCUAGCAGAUAAGGAGGAGAUUGAAUCUAAUUCUGAACAAGGAGAUAUGUCUAGAGGAAGAGGACGAGCGGUAAGAAGAGGACGAGGUCGAUGUUCUUCACCUAGAAGGCCCUUAGGACGGAAGAAUGAAGAACCAAGGACAGAACGGAGAGAGAGAACUCAAAGAGUAGGAUUUGAACCAGAUCUGAAAAGAACUAAGAGGAGUAAAGUAGGAUUUCCUUGUAACAAUUGUGAGUUUGUUGCAACCAGAGCUCAUCAUCUAAAAACUCAUGUUGAAAAUAAGCAUGAAGGAGUGAGAUAUCCUUGUUUGCAAUGUGAUUAUGCUGCAACUACAGCAGGAUGUUUGAAGAUUCACGUUGAAAGUAAACAUGAAGGAGUAAGAUAUCCUUGCUCGCAAUGUUAUUAUGCUGCAACUACAGCAGGUAAUUUGAAGAGGCAUGUUGAAAGUGAACAUGAAGGAGUGAGAUAUCCCUGUGCUUAAUGUGAUUAUUUUGCAACUACAGCAAGUAAACUGAAGACACAUGUUUAUAUUAAACAUGAAGGAGUGAGAUAUCCUUGUUUGCAAUGUGAUUAUGCUGCAACUAAAGCAGGUAAUUUUAAAAGGCACGUUGAACGUGAACAUGAAGGAGUGAGAUAUCCCUGUGCUCAAUGUGAUUAUUUUGCAACUACAGCAAGUAAACUGAAGACACAUGUAGAAAUUAAACAUGAAGGAGUGAGAUAUCCUUGUUUGCAAUGUGAAUAUGCGGCAACCACUGCAAGUGUUUUGAAGAAACAUGCUGAAACUAAACAUGAAGGGGUAAGAUAUCCUUGUCCUCACUGUGUGUAUGCUGCAACUACACCAAGUAGUCUGAAGAUUCGUGUUAAAAAUAAACAUGAAGGAGUGAAAUACCCAUGCCCUCACUGUGACUAUGUUUCAACUACAGCCCAGGGUAUUAAGAGACAUGGAAACAGCAAGCAUAAUCGUUAGUUAUUCACUCUUCAAAAAUCAGUUUGAAAUUAAAAGAAAUAAUGAUUGUUAAUGUUUUCCUUAGUUGUGUAAACCCACAUAGGUUUUCAAUAAUUAUUAAUUAUAAUUAGCUUAAUAUGGCAGAUGAGGACACUAUGGGGAAGAAACUUUCAGUUUUUAACAUUUUUCGUGAUUUAAUGUUGUUCAAACUAUAAUUUUUCAUGUAAAUUGUUUUUAUAAAGAAUAUUCUUUAUUCUC